AUGAAGCAGAUGUGGGGCCGGAACCCAACUGAAUGGGACUGGGGCAUUCACUUGCACGACGAUCAAUGGUCUGAAUACGAUGACAGGCCAAUAGCCGUUGGUCAUGAUUGGAAGCGUGGUCUUCCUUGGGAUUACAAGGGGAGUCACCAGGAGUGUGAUGUUAGCGGUUGGGAUGACUGGGAGCACGGCGGCUGGGACGAUGGCGAUUGGGGUGACGGCGAUUGGAACGAUCAACUCCAUCACCACUGGCAUCACCAUCAUUGCGGAGGACGCCUUCCGGACUAUUACAGGGACAUCAUCGAGCUGUCAGACGAGUUCCACCCGCCGCUAGGCUUCGAGGUACCUGUAUCAUCUGCUCCUGCUAUGCCUAUCUCUACACCUAUCACUGCCUGUCCAAGGGCUGCAACGCGCACGCCUGAGAUUGACAUCUCUUGGAUGAGUGGCAACGGAAAGUGA